AUGCGGCCAAACAAUAGGGUUUACGGUCACUUUGUCGAACAUGACCAGUGUGACGAAGAUUGUCUGAAUGCCAAGCAGAAAAGGUCACUCAACACAUGGUCUGUCAUUGGCGUCAAAAUCAGCAAUUUUCGAGGUGACAAACUAAUUCAGUUAGGCUAUAAGAACCAAGGCAUUGCCGCUAGUGCGGGAGAUGCACAAAAGGAUGAAGAUCAACAUGAAAGCUCCAUUGAAAAUUCGAACAAGAAGUGGAAACAGGAAAGAAACAAGUCUUCGCCAAAUGUGCUUCCUCAGCAGGGAGUACAUUCGUUUCCAGCCAGUACUUAUCUUCAAGGAUUAGCUACUUUGCCACAGAACUACAGUAGGUUUCUCUCAUCGAUGGACUGCACGAAUUCAGCGUUUGCCAGCAACCAUUUCUUAACGACAUCAUCGUUCGAACUACCUCGAACAUCUGGAGAACAACUCAACGUCUUUGACGGUAUGAAACACAACAGGCACGACAUUCUUGGCAAGAAGCUGAAUCACAUGGACGUUGUUGUAUUGAAGCAGUUGAUCAUGGGCUAUCGGGAUGCCGCAGCUUUGCUGAAUCGCACUGCAGACGAACUGGAGCACUUGACACCCCACAAACACUGA